AUGGUGACGCCCUUGCUGGCACCGCUGCCGCCCCUGAAGCGCCUGCGCAGCAUCGCCACCGCCCGGCCAGGACCCGGCCUGUUGGCGCCCAAGGCCAUCCCCAGCAGCAGCACCAGCAGCCCCACCACCGCGCCCACGACCACGGCCGCCCCUGCCGCCAUCGCCACCGCCAGCAGCACCGGCACCGGCACCAGCACCGCCCACCGCCGGUCCGCUUCUGUGGCCUUCCUGGACGGGCACCACGUGGCACCACCUCCGCCGCAGCCGCCGCAGCCAUCAUCAUCACCACCACCGUCGUCGUCGUCACUAGCGCCGCCAUCACGUGGAGAGGAGGCCGCCCGUCACCUCCGCGGGUCUCGCCGACGUCGCCGCCGCCCUCGAGACGAGGACUACGAAGACAGUGAAUACGAUCAAGACUACGACUACCAGGACGACGACCACGACGACCACGAGGAGGAGGAGGAGUACGACGAAGAGGAGGAGGCACCGCCCCUGAUGGUCGCCCGGGUGGCGACGGCACCCCAACUGCCAGGCCCAGCGGCGGGCUUCGGCGGCGGCGAGGAGGAGGAGCGGGAGCGGCGAGCGGUGGAGCGGUGUUUGGACCUGGGCGUGGAGCGGAACGUGGUGGAGGCGCUGUCGACGGCGGGCGUGUCGGCGGAGCGCAUCGUGGAGCUGAUCCUGAGCGAGGACAAGGAGCAGCGGGAGGGCAUCAUCCGCGGGACGGGCCUCUCCAAGAACUACAUCAUGAAGCUACAGCGGCGCGCCCUCCGCACCUCCGCCCACCUCCAGCUGCCCUCGCCCCUCGCACACUCCUUCCGCUCGGGCCUCGUUCUCCAUGUCCUCUUCGACUCGCACGACCGCGCCCUCUUCAUCAAGAAGGAGCUCUGCCGCCUCCUCAACAUGAAGGGCACCACCUUCUCCUACUGGAAGAAGAAGGCCGCCGUGUCGGACAUCGACACAUCACAGGACUUUCGGCUGAUGGACAAAUGCCGGUCCAUCUUCGGCGGACGAUCCACCUACACCCUCUACUCGGCAGAACAGAUGCUCACCAUCCUGCAAUGCAUGCAGCGUUCGCGGCAGAAGAACUGCUUCACCAACGUGCCGGAACUGACGGCCCUCAUCGCCAGCUACCACCCCCAGCACCACCCCCAGCAGCAGCAGCCCCACCGCUUCCCCUCCUCGGCCCUGCUCCCUCUCCUCCCCGCACUCGCCGGCCAACCCCACCACGGUAGUAGUGGCUUACUACGCGCCAUCGACGCGGCGGGGGACGAUGACGACCACGACGACCACGACCACCUCCACGAGCAGCAGCAGCGGGAGGAGGAGAAGAAAAAGGAGGACGAGGAACAGGAGGCGCGCGCCGAGGCUUUGACUGCGGCGUUGCCGCUCGCCUGUCCCGCGGCGCCUGACUUGCUUUCUGGCCGCACCACCACCCCAUCGCCGCCUUCUCCAGCGCCACUCACUACGACGUCUGCCGCCGCUUUCCCGGGUCCUGCGACGGACAACGGACACUUCACCGCAGCCGACCCGCGCUAG